AGUCCUCCUCUCAUACUUUGACCCGGGGUUAAAGCCCUCCCUUUUAGUCCAGGGUUAAAGCUCUCCACUCCCCUUUGACCCGGAGUUGAACUCUCCCCUCUAUUGACCCAGGGUUGAAGUCCUUCCCCUGGAGUCAGAGGUUAUAUUCCAGCAACUCACUCCCCUAGACCUCCAGCACCCACCUCACCACUUCGCUGUGCCCCUUGUAGGCGGCGAUCAUCAGGCAGAUAUCAGCUGACUGGAGUAGGCACAUGUGGAGGGCAGAUUCAAACGGGAGAGGGCGUUCCGGACCGACCAAGUGUGGCAGCGGAGAGGGUGUUCCUUGCACCGAGGAACAAGAGGCAAGCUGAAAGCAUGCGAAAGGCUUCCUCGGCUGCAGCCGAGCUUCCCCCGACUGCUUGCAGGAAGAGAGUGGACGAGCCCCGUGUAUCCAGCCAGGCGGCGUUAAACACGAUGUGAGCUGCGAGCGGGGUGGCAAAUUCCUCGGUCACAUCUGGUGCGGAUGUGCCUCCUGGGUCGGGAUUGGGCAAGUGCAAAAAAAAACCGUCAUUAGAACAGGGGAACCGGCGUCUGGUGCACAGGGGAAGUGACAGAGGCAGCUCUACCAUGCGGAAACGGCAGCAGCAACCUCUACAAGCUCCCUUCUUCCUGCCCAGGAAUGCAGGAAAGGAGCCGGAGAACCUGGAUAAAAAGCCUCAUUUUCACUUGGAUCUUUGGUUUUACUUCACGAUGCAAAACUGGAUCCUGGAUUUUGGUCGCCCAAUUGCAAUGAUUAUCCUCCCUCUGGAAUGGUUUCCACUAAAUAAGCCGAGUGUUGGUGAUUAUUUCCACAUGGCCUACAAUGUCAUCACUCCAUUCCUGCUGCUGAAGCUUAUAGAACGCUCCCCCAAGACUCUCCCUCUGUCAGCAGUGUACAUCUGUAUCAUAACAUUUGUGAUGGGAGCCAGCAUUCACCUCGUAGGUGACUCUGUGAAUCACCGGCUCAUUCUAAGUGGAUACCAGCUGCACUUGUCCGUCCGGGAAAACCCAAUCAUGAAGGACCUCAAACCGGAAACACUGAUUGACUCCUUUGAGCUUCUUUAUUACUACGAUGAAUCCCUGGGUCACCUGAUGUGGUAUGUCCCCCUCUUUGUCAUCUUCUGCCUCUAUUUUACGGGCUGUUUCACUCGGUGUAACAAGGACAGUAGAAUGCCCCUGUCUGCAUGGCUGCUGCUUGGCCCUAGUAGCCUCUACUACUGGUACUUGGUGACCGAGGGCCAGAUCUUCGUCCUCUACAUCUUCACCACCUUUGCCAUGAUGGCGACAGUGAUGCAUAAAAAGCGCCAAGGGUUGGUCAUGGACAGCAAUGGCCUAUUCCUCUUCUAUUCAUUCUGCAUCACACUGGUCCUGAUCUCUGCUUGGAUAGCCUUCCUGUGGAAUGACAAAAUUCUCCGGAGAAAGUACCCCGGGGUUAUGUACGUUCCAGAGCCCUGGGCAUACUACACCCUCCACAUCAAGAAAACACAGUAGGAUUCUGACAGGCAAUGUUCCUCAACCUGAGGCUUGGCUGCCUCCCUCACAGUCAAAGCUUCUACUAAAGCUCGCAGACUCUUGCUUCACCAACAAAUGACCGUUCCAGCUAAAGACCGGUGAAGGGUAUGGCAGUAUCUUAUGUGCCAAAUCCCCAUCCCACCAGGAGACAGCUCCUUUAAACCCACAGGAUUUAAAGUGAUGCAAGGCAUCCAUCUGAUGCCCCAAUUCACCUCAGCACAAGACGUCUAUUUCACUUCCUUCCAGGGCAGAGCAGAGGCAGAGUUAACAUCAGGAUCAAGUUUAAUAUCACUGACGAUUGCCAUGAAAUUUGUGAUUUUGUGGCAGCAGUAUAGUGCAAUACAUAAAAACAAACUGUAGAUUAUAAUAAAUAAAUAACAAUAAGAAAUAUAAAAAAAUUAUAUUAAAAUAAGUGGUGCAAGAGGAGUGCAAAAUAGUGUGAGGUAGUGUUCAUGGGUUCAUUGUCUUGGAUGAUGGAAGGAAAGGAACUGUUCCUAAGAUGUUGAGUGUGUGUCUUCAGGCUCCUGUGCUUCCUCCCUGAUAGUAGCAAUGAAAAGAGGGCAUGCCGGGGGUGAUAUGAUGGCCAGCAAGCGUGGCCGCAAUGAGAAUUCACAUAGAUAUGGACCUUUGUUCGGCUGGACUAAUGAGCCAUUGAGGUUCUUAACAGAUCCCUCUGCUGUAAGAUAGAGUCAUUUCAAAUGCACAUUGUCAUUGGUGAUACUGCUGUCACCUGCAGUUUGUCCGCAGUCUUCAGUGGAAUAUUAAAAGAUGAAUCCCACCUUCAGAUGUGUGUGUUUGGUUCAGAUACUGAGUGUUAUCUAUUGAGAUUCUGCAGAUGCUGGAAAUUCUGAGUAAAACACACAAAAUGCUGGAGGACCUCAGCAGAUCAGGCAGCAUCUAUGGAGAGGAAUAAACAGUCGACGUCUCAGCCUGCAAGGCUUCAUCAAGGUUGUUGAUGUUUCAGGUUGAGACCUUUCAUCAGUUCCUGAUGAAGAAUCUUGGCUGGAAACAUCAACUCUUUAUUCCUCUACACAGAUGCUCCCUGACCUGCUGAGUUCCUCCACCACUUUGUGUGGGUUAUCUGUUUAAUAAUGAUAAUUUUAGACCAGGCGGCAGCAGGGAUCAGGAACCAGAGCAAGUUUUCAGAGUCCAGCUAAUCAAUAAUGACACAACCUCUAACACGAAAGAGGGAAAGGUGAACAGGAGUGCCAUCACCUGCAGGUGCCCCACUAUGCCACAUGGAGGCGCUGCUGUUAGCGAGAUGAUUUUCAAUGCCAGCAAUUAGGGUUCGAUUCCUGCUGCUGUCUGUAAGGAGUUUGUACAUUCUCCCUGUGACUUCUGGGUGUCCCAGUUUCUCCCUCAGUCCAAAAAAGGUUAAGUAAGUUGUGGGCAUGCUGUGUUGAUGCUGGGAGCAUGAGGACACUUGCAGGCAUCCCCCAGCACAUCCUUGGACUGUAUUGGUCGUAGUUCACUGUAUGUUUUGAUGUGACUAAUAAAGCUCAUCUUUAAAACUGUACACCAUCCUAACUUGAAAAUCGUCAGUUGUCCCGAAUUCUGGAACUGUCUCCCUGUCAGCCCUAUGGGAGCACCUUCACCAUAGACAGUGUGAUAGUUCCAGGAGUUGGCUCACUCCCACAGUCUCAUUCACUGAUGAGCAGUGAACGCUGGCCUUGAAAGUGAUCCACAGACACCAUAAGUGAAUGAAAUAUAUCCACAGUCAGAAGUAGCACGGUUAGAAAAGGCAAUGACCCAGCUGACCGAUCAGUGGUAAAUGGAUGGUGUCAGAGACCUGGAUUAACUCAUUCAUCCCACUCCCGUUAGGGAGGAGGCUACGUGACAUCCAUGCCAGGACCACCAGACUCAAAAGGUCACCUUCCACAAGCAAAGUUCAAAGUACAUAUAGGCCACUAUGUACAACCGAAUAUUCAUUUUCUUGUGGGCAUACUCAAUAAAUCUAUAAUAGAAUAGUAGCCAAAAUAGAACCAAUGAAAGACUGCACCAACGUGGGUGUUCAACCAGUGUGCAAAAGGCAACAAACUGAAAAUACAAAAGGAAAGAAAUCAUAAUAAUAAAUAAGUAUUGAGAACAUGACAUGAAGAGUUCUUCAAAGCGAGUCCAUAGGUUGUGACGACAUUUUAGUGACAGGGCAAUUGAAGUUGAAUGAAGUUAUCCCCUUUGGUUCAAGAGCCUAAUGGCUGAGGGGUAAUAACUGGUCCUGAAGCUGGUGGUGUGAGUCCUGAGGCGCCUGUACCUUCUUCCUGAUGGCAGCAGCAAGAAGAGAGCAUAUCCUGGGUGGUGGGGUCUCUGAUGAUGGAUGCUGCUCUCCUGUAACAAAGUCUCAUGUAGAUGUGCUCAGUGGUGGGGAGGGCUUUAUCCAUGUUGGACUGGACUGUAUCCACUACUCUUUGUAAGAUUUUCCAUUCAAGGGCAUUGGUAUUUCCAUACCAGGCAGUGAUGCAGCCAGUCAAUAUACUCUUCAGCACUCAUCUAUAGAAGUUAGUCAAACUUUUAGAUAUUAUGCCGAAUCUUCACAAACUCCUAAGGAAGGCACUACCAUGCUUUCUUCAUAAUUGUAUUUACAUGCUGAGCCCAGGACUGGAAUAGCACUGAGGAAUUUAAAAUUGGUGAUCCUCUUCACCUCUGAUCCUCUGAUGAGGACUGGCUUAUGGACCUCUGGUUUCCUCCUCCUGAAGUCAGUAAUCAGCUACUUGGUCUUGCUAAGGAUGUUGUUGUGGCAUCACUCAGCCAGAUUCAUCACCACCUUUGAUUCAGUCUAUGACAGUAUGUCAUCAGCAAAUAUGGCAUUGGAGCUGUACAGUAAGGUUGCUCACUAACUUCACCUACUAACCCACCACGACUUUGUCAUUUCCUUAUGUACAGACACUCCUGCGCCUAGAGUCAUUUUUUGGAUAUACAACUAAUCUAUGUAUAUAAGUUAUCUUAUGUAUUUAUAUAUAUUGUGCAUUUUUAUUAUUGUGUUCUUUAUCUCAUUGUGUUUUUUGUGCUGCACCCAGAGUAAAAAUUAUUUUGUUCUCCUUUAUACUUGUGUUCUGGAAAUGGGAGCUACAGUGAAGGUAAGUUGUAAGGUGUAGCACCUACCUAGACCCCUGAUCCAGGUCAUGUGAGGCCAUGGGAGCAGUUGGUGGAUGGUCGUAUGAGCAGCCGGUGCAUAUCGCAAGUCCUGGUUAUGCAGCUACUGACAAAGUGGUCACUAAGUUCUCUCACAGUACACAAUGUUGUCAUCAGGCAAGCACUCCCCAGAGGCAUCGGGAAAGUGGAUCCAAUCAUAAUCUUCAUCAGGCAACUAGAUAAAUAAUUGAAGAAGUCCAAUUCGCAAGGCAAUAAUAAAGGUGCGGUUGGGGACAGGCAGGCUAGUGGAACUAAACAUCCAACAGCCCAGUAUAUGGUCGAUGGGCAGAAUGGUUUUCUGCAUUGUCUGAUUCUGUAGAUGAAUUUCCAUUGUGAAAUUAUAUCCAUCAGAGAUAUUGAUCCUAUGAUAUGUGUAGCUGAGUCCUUAAUCUGUUUUUAAUAGCUAUUUCAUGUCCACUUAUCAGUAGAUGUAAUCAAAUGUUGUUUUUGCACUGUGUUACAAUAGACAGGAGAAUACACACACACACACACACACACACACACACACACACACACACACACACACACACACACACACAGAUCUUAAU